AAUACAUCAAUCAUUAUCAAUUGAAUAUAAACAUGAGCGCCCCAAUAGUUCUUGAUCAAGGUACCGGGUUUGUCAAGAUUGGUCGGGCCGGCACCAAUUUCCCAGACCAUACCUUCCCAUCUAUGGUUGGGCGUCCUAUUUUACGAGCAGAAGAACGAAAUGUGCUCAUUCCCGCUGACGUUGAGAUUAAGGAUAUAAUGUGUGGUCUGGAAGCUAGUGAAGUUAGAUCACUCCUUGAAAUAAACUACCCCAUGGAAAACGGUAUCAUUAAGAAUUGGGAAGAUAUGGAGCAUUUAUGGGAUUAUGCGUUUUACGAACGAAUGAAGAUCAACCCUGAAGGUCAAAAAAUCUUGCUUACAGAACCACCAAUGAAUCCCUUGAAGAAUAGAGAAACCAUGUGUGAAGUUAUGUUUGAAAAAUACCAUUUUGGAGGUGUUUACGUGGCUAUUCAGGCAGUGUUGGCAUUGUAUGCCCAGGGUUUGAGUUCUGGGGUGGUUGUUGAUUCUGGAGAUGGUGUCACUCACAUUGUUCCAGUUUAUGAAUCGGUAGUGUUGAACCACUUGACGAGAAGAUUGGAUGUUGCCGGUCGUGAUGUGACCCGUCAUUUGAUCAACUUACUCUUCCGUAGAGGUUAUGCAUUCAAUAGAACUGCCGAUUUCGAAACCGUGCGUCAAAUCAAGGAAAAGUUAUGUUAUGUGUCAUACGAUUUACAACUUGAUGCUAAACUUGCUACUGAAACCACUGCUCUUGUUGAAUCUUAUGAAUUACCCGAUGGUCGUGUGAUCAAAGUCGGCUCAGAAAGAUUCGAAGCUCCUGAAUGUCUUUUCCAACCACAUUUAGUCGAUGUUGAACAACCAGGUGUGGGUGAAACCCUUUUCAAUAUGAUUCAAUCGGCUGAUGUCGAUAUUAGAUCGACUUUAUUUAAGGCAAUUGUGUUGUCGGGUGGUUCGUCAAUGUAUCCUGGUCUUCCUUCAAGAUUGGAAAAGGAAUUGAAACAGUUGUGGUUAACUAGAGUAUUGCAUGGUGAUGCUACCAGAUUGGACAAAUUUAAAGUAAGAAUUGAAGAUCCUCCAAGAAGGAAACAUAUGGUGUUUAUUGGUGGGGCUGUUUUGGCCAAUAUUAUGGCUGAUAAGGAUCAUAUGUGGAUUUCGAAACAAGAAUGGGAAGAACAAGGAUCUAGAGUGUUGGAGAAGUUGGGUCCAAGGUAAGUCAGCAGUAUAAGAAUGAAUGAGAUCUAAUUAAACUUUUUUUUUUUGUAUAAAAAUUAGACUAGCAAUGAAUAAAAUGUAUAAAUUUGC